UAAUCGCAAGAUGCAAUACAGCAGAAUGACCGCAACCAGGGAAAACCCUAAGUACAAAAAUCUGCGUGUGGAAGAAUGCGAUGUCCUAAUCAUCGGCUCGGGCCCAGUCGGGGCAACUUACGCAAGGGAGAUUCUGGACCCCGGCUCCGGUGCUUCGCCUGGAAGAAAAGCUCCAAAGGUUAUUAUGGUGGAAACUGGGGCGCAGGAGUCUAAAGUGCCUGGUGAACACAAGAAGAAUGCCGUGGUAUACCAGAAACACAUUGAUUCUUUUGUGAAUGUUAUUCAGGGGAGCCUAUUUGCAACCUCUGUCCCAACACGUGUGGAUCCGAACCUCAAGUUGCCUCCCGUCUCUUGGUCUCCACGUGAAAAACAAAACUUCAACGGGCAGAACAAGGAGCAGAAUAUCUACCACAACUUAGACGCUAAUGGUGUGUCCCGCAAUGUUGGCGGCAUGUCCACUCACUGGACGUGCGCCACGCCCAGACAGCACGAACUAGAACGGUCAAAAAUUUUCGAUGACGCUACCUGGGACAGGUUGUACAAGAGAGCUGAGGAGCUAAUUGGCACUCGGACUGAUGUACUCGACCAAUCAAUCCGACAACGGUUGGUCUUGGAUAUUCUACGGAAAAAAUUUAAGAAUCGCGACGCAAAAGCCCUGCCACUUGCCGCUGAAAAAGUCGAGGGCAAAAACCUGAUUAAGUGGUCGUCUUCUUCUACUGUGCUCGGAAAUCUCCUUGAAGAUGAAAAAUUCACUCUACUCGAUCAGCACCACUGCGAAAAACUGGAAUUCAACGAUGAAACCAACAAAGUCAGUUUUGCAAUCAUCAAGAAUCUCGCAAAGCCCCAAACUUCAAAAGAAGAUGAAGACAGACUGAGAAUAAAGGCAAAGUAUGUGAUUGUGUGUGGAGGACCGAUUCUUACUCCACAGCUCUUGUUCAAGUCUGGAUUCCGUUACGAUGAGGAGGAUGCUGAAGAUUCUGAAGGAAAUAAAUCAUCCCUCUAUAUCCCAGCAUUGGGUCGGAACUUGACCGAGCAAACAAUGUGCUUCUGUCAGAUUGUACUGAAGGAUAAAUGGGUAGAGGAGCUCCAGAAAAAUAACUGGGGUCCCGAAUGUGAGGAACACCGAAGAAAAUAUGACGAAGAGGACGACCCCCUGCGAAUCCCCUUCGACGAUCUGGACCCCCAAGUUACCCUCCCCUUCACUGAGAAUACGCCGUGGCAUACGCAGAUCCACCGUGAUGCUUUUUCAUACGGCGCAGUACCCCCGGCCAUUGACAAACGCACCAUCGUCGACCUUCGCUAUUUCGGUCGAGCCGAGACGCAGUGGAGAAAUCGCGUCACAUUUUCCAAGAAACUCACGGACGCGUACGGCAUGCCGCAACCAACAUUUGACUUCAAGCUCUCGACGAAAGACCGCCUUGAAUCGCACAGAAUGAUGCAGGAUAUGGAAAAGGUUGCUGGGGAACUCGGGGGGUAUCUCCCCGGUUCUGAGCCCCAGUUCCUUGCUCCCGGGCUGGCGCUCCACGUAUGCGGGACGACUGCAGCGCUUCGCAAAGGCUGCAGGUCAGAAGACGAGAUGAAGAGAAUUUCCGUCUGCGAUGAGAACUCCAAGGUCUGGGGGGUUGAGAACCUUCACCUCGGUGGCCUCAAUGUUAUUCCAGGGCCUAGGUCAAAUGCGUCUAACCCAACAUUGACUGCCAUGUGUUUCGCCAUCAAGGGUGCGGAGGAGAUACGGCGCAAGCUGGGCAAAAAGGGUUCUCACAGUGGUAAUCGCGAUGACGGAGAUGUAGACACUGAUACGGACGAUGACGCUUGA